CAGCGGGGGCGCUCCCAGCACCGCGGUUUCCCGCCGGAGCGCCACGACGGUCGCUCCUUCCGGUGUCCUUCCCGGCGGGGGCGGCGGCGGGGCGGCCAUGGCGCAGAACCUGAAGGACCUGGCGGGGCGGCUGCCGACCGGGCCCCGCGGCGUCGGCACCGCGCUCAAGCUGCUGCUGGGCGCCGGUGCCCUGGCCUAUGGCGUGCGAGAGUCCGUCUUCAUUGUGGAGGGCGGCCAGCGCGCCAUCUUCUUCAACCGCAUCGGCGGCGUGCAGCAGGACACCAUCCUGGCCGAGGGGCUGCACUUCAGGAUCCCCUGGUUCCAGUAUCCCAUCAUCUACGACAUCCGAGCGCGGCCGCGGAAAAUCUCCUCCCCCACUGGUUCCAAAGACCUGCAGAUGGUGAACAUCUCCCUGCGUGUCCUGACGCGGCCCAACGCCGCCGAGCUGCCCAGCAUGUACCAGCGCCUGGGGCUGGACUACGAGGAGCGCGUCCUGCCCUCCAUCGUCAACGAGGUGCUCAAGAGCGUGGUGGCCAAGUUCAACGCCUCGCAGCUCAUCACACAGAGAGCCCAGGUGUCUCUGCUCAUUAGGCGAGAGCUGACAGAGAGAGCCAAGGAUUUCAGCCUCAUCCUGGAUGAUGUGGCUAUCACAGAGCUCAGUUUCAGUCGCGAAUACACAGCUGCUGUGGAGGCUAAGCAAGUGGCCCAGCAGGAGGCACAGCGUGCCCAGUUCCUGGUGGAGAAGGCCAAGCAGGAGCAGAAGCAGAAGAUAGUUCAGGCCGAGGGGGAAGCGACAGCUGCCAAGAUGCUUGGGGAAGCUCUCAGCAGGAAUCCAGGCUACAUCAAGCUACGUAAGAUCCGAGCUGCUCAAAACAUCUCAAAAACGAUUGCUGCUUCACAAAACCGUGUGUAUCUCACAGCGGAUAACUUGGUACUGAACCUGCAGGAUGAGGCCUUCACCAGGUAAAGGGGCUGGGUGCCUGGGUUUGUCUGCACCCUACCUGGGAAGGUCCUUCCCUUUCUGGAGCUCUCUCAGGAUCUUUUUCUGAGGGGAGCAUGAUGCCAGAGGAUACAGCGAAGUAGGGAGCAGCCCCUCCUACUGUGGAAACGGGGAUUUUUGUUAAAUCUAAUCAAUUUACUCUUGUUUGGUUUUUUUUUUUUUUCUUUCCCACCCUCCGCCCCUUGCUGCAUCUGCUGACACAGAGGAAGGUAAGGCACUGCACAUUUUGACCUUUUGUUAGUACUGGAACCAGGAUGUUGCUGUUUCCUGGUGCCUGGGAUGUUUCUGGCCUGGGCUGUUUUGGCCCCAGCACGUUUAUUCCAAUCUCCACCUCAGUUGCCAUUUGUGAUGUGAAACUUGAAGUUUUACUUGCAGGGACCACACAAACAUAUACAUGGAAUGUGCAGUAAUUGGAGCUCCAUGUGUGCCUCAAAAGGAGCCUUGCAUGGAGAGGCAGGAGUAACUGGAGCAUUCCCUGAACUGUCACACGUACAGGGCAUCCUGUGGUUAUGCACAUGGGGCUGUGAGGAGCCAGGCAGAUAUCAUGGGAAUUUGUGUUGGCUUGGGCUGAUGGUCUCUAGGGAAGAUGCUUUUGUUCUCCAAAAGCUUUCCAGUUUGUGUGAGAACACCCCAUUUCCUGCUUUCAGAACUGUCGGGAGUUUGAUGGCUUUGCCUUGUCUGUCCAGUGUUUACUGAAAAAGGCAGUGCCAACAGGAUGCAGCUAAAAGCUUAGAUUUCUCAGAACUGAGAAGGGAAACCAGCGUUGGUUUCUUUUCUGUGGGAUCUUUGAUUAUGACAUCCUUCUUUCUCACCUCUGACCAGAUUCUGUCAUAUUUGUUCCAGAAGAUUUAAGGGACUUUUCAAAAAAAACCCUGCCUGAUAGGAAGGACUUGGAAGCUUAUAUCCUUUGGGUGUGACAACCCAUACUUCAGAAUCAAUACUGAGGGGCUGGUACAGCUUUGCAUGUGCUUUCUGGACUGAUGACUCCCCUCUGUUUCCCUUUCAGUGACAGUCUCCUACCCAAAGGGAAGAAAUGAAAGAAGCUGAAGAUUCCUAGAACCAGCGUUGCUGACCAGCAGAAGAUAAGAGUGAGGAUCUUUGAACUCCCUCCACUAGUAUUGUUUGUCCUCACUAUGAAGUUUUUAAUCCAGUAGCCAAAUUCGGUCCCCAUG